AUGGCAUCGUCGCGUUCCCACCAUGACCCUGUGAACCAUAGACCACCGGCGCUUGAUCUCUCGACCGAUACUGUCGCGUCGGCUCCACCGUCCUGCUCGUCCUCCUCAUCGUCGUCGUCUGCCACUGCCCCGCCAUCACAGUCCUCUCCUGAUUGCACGUCGACGGUCGGGGCGUCGCUCCUUCGUGAUUAUGCAAACCAUAUAGACCCGUCGCAGACACACAACGAGAUUCAUGUUGGAGACCCUCCAGCAACACCCCGAAGCACCAUCGUGACGUCGCAGACCGUCGCACUUGACGACACCGCGGGCGCACAGCCAUCGUCAUCCCCAUUCCUCGCUCUCCGAUCCACAUCCGCGCUGGUCGGGCAUAGCCGCAACGCCCUGUCCAGUGACUCGAUCCCCCGACAGACCAUCAUGAAAGCGCUAGCGUCGCGGCCCUCGAUGUUGAACAACCAUAAUCCGAACGUGUCCCUAGCGGCGUCCCUGGGACUCCGUGCCAAUAGCAACUCCUCCAGCCCUCCCGACGACAUGGAUUCAUCCUCGCAGAAAUUGUCUGCAGCGCUCACCAGCCUCCAGCCGAGCGGGAAAUGCGCCGACCAUGUUUCUGCGACCGCACGAUAUGUCAUACAGUCUCCUUGCUUUUUCCACAAACGGUUCGACGACGCGGUGAAUAUCCAGAAGGUUUUGGAGGAAAUCGCAGAUGAUGAGUGGUUAUCUCAUUCGCGACUGGUCCAAACUGCAACAGGUGUCCGCGAGGUGUCCAAGCAGUUGCAGCGGAGGCCCAUCCGGCGCGCCGUCCGGAACGUUAUGAUCGUGACCAAGGCGCGCGAUAAUAGCCUGGUCCACCUAACGCGUGAACUCGCCCUGUGGCUUCUAUCCACGCCGAGGUACGGCAACGAUGUGGGGGUCAACGUGUACGUUGAUUCCAAACUGCGGAAUUCUAAACGGUUUGAUGCGGCGGGACUGCUGCGGCAGAACUCGCGGUAUGAGCAGAUGCUGCAGUACUGGACGCCGGAUCUCUGCUGGUCGACUCCGGAGAAAUUCGACCUUGUCCUGACUUUAGGAGGAGAUGGAACGGUGCUCUUCACGUCGUGGCUCUUUCAGCGGGUGGUUCCGCCCAUUCUCUGCUUCUCGUUGGGCAGCCUGGGUUUUCUGACCAACUUCGAAUUCGAGAACUACAAAGAGCACUUGAAUGCUGUGAUGGGAGACGUCGGCAUGAGAGUCAAUCUGCGUAUGCGAUUCACGUGCACCGUCUUCCGCAAAGAUCGCCGCAGAGGAGCAGCCCCCGACGCCGUGGAGGAAGGAGAACAGUUCGAAGUGCUGAACGAGCUCGUAAUCGACCGCGGGCCGUCGCCGUACGUCUCAAACCUCGAGCUAUACGCGGACAACGAUCUCCUCACCGUAGUCCAAGCGGACGGGUGCAUCUUCUCUACCCCAACAGGAUCCACUGCAUACUCCCUCUCCGCAGGCGGAUCUCUAAUCCACCCCUCCAUCCCCGGCAUCCUCCUUACCCCCAUCUGCCCCCACACACUAUCCUUCCGCCCAAUGGUCCUCUCUGACUCCCUCCUCCUCCGCAUCGCCGUCCCUGCCGGCUCACGUUCCACCGCCUACUGCUCCUUCGACGGCAAAGGCCGCGUGGAGCUACGCAAGGGCGACUACGUCACCGUCGAAGCAAGCCAGUACCCCUUCCCCACGGUGGUCUCCGGCGGCGGCGAAUGGUUCCAGAGCGUCCAGCGCGCCCUGCGCUGGAACACCCGCGGCGCCAUCCAGAAGAGCUGGCACGGCGAGGGUGACGCCGCUGCCGCCGACGCAGCCGACGAAGAGGAAGACGAAGAAGACUGGGACAUCGACACCGAUGAGGGCCUUAAUGGCACCGACAGCGGACUCGGACCCAGCGAGGAUGGCGAUUCCGGCUCCGUGAGCCCUAUGAAGAGGCAGAUGAGCUUGCUGAGCAUGUAG